CAGGCAGCAGGCGCCGGGCCACCCGCGAGUGUGCGCAGAAACUUCGGCCACCUACGGCUGUGCGCGAGGAGCGCGGCUGACCCGCCGGCGCCAUGCGCGCCCUGCCUGGCCUGCGGGGGCUCCGAGGGCCGCCGCCGCUGCAGCUACCGCUGCUCCUCCUGUGCCUCCUCGCGGCGGUGCGCCGGAGCUGGGCGGACGGCAAUACCACAGCUUCACCUCUUACAAGUCUACCCAUCCAAGAAGAAAUGAUGACAAAAUAUUCUAACCUUUCCUUGGGGAGUCAUAACAUAUCACUGACUGCUUCACCUCUUACGACUCUACCCAUCCAAGAAGAAAUGAUGACAAAAUAUUCUAACCUUCCCUUGGAGAGUCAUAACAUAACACUGACUGAACAUUCCAGUGUGCCAGCGGAAAAAAAUAUCACUUUAGAACAACCUUCUAAAAUAAAACUCACAUGCCAAUUCACAACAUCUGGGGAUGUGAAUUCAGUAAAUGUGACUUGGAAAAAAGGUGAUGAACAACUUGAGAAUUAUUGCAUCAAUGUCACAGGAAACAUCCUGUAUACCCAGUACAUGUUUACCAUCAUUAAUGGCAAACAAAUGGGAAGCUAUUCUUGUUUCCUUGAAGAGGAAAAGGAACAAAGGGGCACAUUUAAUUUCAGAGUCCCUGAAGUUCAAGGAAAACACAAACCAUUGAUCACUUAUGUGGGGGAUUCAACUGUCUUGAUAUGUAAAUGUCAACACUGUUCUCCUUUAAAUUGGACCUGGUACAGCAGUAACGGGAGUAUACAGGUUCCUGUUGAUGUUCACGUGAAUGAUAAGUAUGCGAUCAAUGGAACAAACGCUAAUGAAACAAGGCUCAAGAUAACGCAACUUUCAGAAGAUGAUAAGGGAUCGUACUGGUGCCAUGCAGUGUUCCAAUUAGGCGAGAGCCAAGAACGUGUUGAACUUGUUGUGCUGAGUUAUUUGGUGCCCCUCAAACCAUUUCUUGGAAUAGCUGUUGAAGUUAUUAUUUUAGUGGCUAUUAUUCUGUUUUGUGAAAUGUACACCCAAAAGAAAAAGAUGCACACAGAUGAUGGGAAAGAAUUUGAACAAGUUGAGCAGUUGACAGGAAAUCAGAUGAUAGCAACGGCGUAGAAAAUAAUGCCCCCAGGCACAGAAAAAGUGAAUCUGUGAGCCAGUGAAUGCGAAACAUCAUGUCAAGAGUCAUGGGAAGAUGUACAGUUUGUACUUCAGCUUUGUUUGUUUCCUGUUAAGAAUAUCUCAGUUUUUAUUUUUAAAAGGAUGAAAAGUUUAUGCAAUAUCCUCAGCAGUAGCUUUAUAAUAAUAUACACUAUAUCAGAUCUAAAGAUACAUUUCCCUUCUGUAAUUAUUUUACAUUAAAGCAAGGUAAAUUAUAUUAAAUAUGUUCUAUGAGCUAUCACCCAGGAUAAUUAAUUUCAUCUUGGUCAUCAAGGGAUGCACAGAAGAGAUACCAGCAAAACCAGUUAAUACUACACAGAACUAAUGUCAUUCAAAACCUGUUUAUAACCAAAGAAUUCAUUAAAGAGAAAACUUUUGCCAUUUGCCUUAAAAA